GUUGCUUCCGCCACACUUUGGAGGCACAGCCAGAAGCCCCAACGUGACCCCUAGGCCGUACCUGAACCGCGAAACGUUGAAGACGACGACGACUGCCACAAGUAUACUAUACUUCUUUCUCUCUGUUAGGGUUUCGCAGUUCCUCGCUUCUCUUCCAAUUUCCCCCAAUUCUGGUUCUCCUUUCUCUUUCCCGAUAUUCUAGGGCUUAUCCCUCAGAACCGUCGUUCUCCUCCUUCUCCUUAUCUUCCCAUGGCAGAUGUCAUGAACAUUCCUCCCGAUUCCCUUGACAAAUCCCCUUCCUCGGCUUCGCCAUCGGCUCCUCCGGCUCCGGAUUCGGCACCGGCACCGGCGCCCUCGGCCACUUCCGCUGGGGAUGACGACCUCCCUCCGCCUCCCCCUCCGCCAACAGCGUCAGCACAGACGCAUCCCGCUCCGCAAGCGGCGUCCCGGAGAAGGGAUAGGGAUAGGAGGGAUGAUAGGGAUUAUGAUCGACAUCCGAAUCGACGUGGGGGUGAUUUCUAUGACAGGAAUAUGUCGCCCCCACCACCACCGAGAGACAGAGAUAGGGACUUCAAACGCCGUCGUAGCCCCAGCCCGUAUCGUGACCGACGUUAUUCUCCUUCUCGGCGAUCACCUCCACCCUAUAAGCGAUCCAGAAGGGGGAGUCCCCGCGGCUAUGGACCUGAUGACAGAUUUGGCUAUGAUUAUUUUAGUGGCUAUGAACGUGGAAUAGGUGGAAGACCUGGUUAUGCAGAUGAGAGGCCUUAUGGCAGAUUUGGCUACCGAUCUGUGCCAGGGUAUCAAAAUGGGAUUUCAGGCCCAAUUUCUGCAGACAUGGAACCAAAUCGUGGUUUUGCAGAUUUGCCUAGCGGCAGUGGACAAAGGGAGGGUUUGAUGUCUUAUAAGCAAUUCAUUCAGGAGCUUGAGGAUGAUAUAUUGCCCGCUGAAGCUGAGCGUAGGUAUCAAGAGUACAAAUCUGAGUACAUUACAACACAGAAACGGGCUUAUUUCAAUGCUCACAAGGAUGAGGAGUGGUUGAAAGAUAAAUAUCAUCCCACAAAUUUACCCACAGUGAUCGACAGGAGGAAUGAAAAUGCCCGACGGCUGGCGAAGGAGUUUUUGCUUGAUUUGCAGAGUGGAACACUAGAUCUAAAUCCUGGUCUAAAUGCCACUUCAGCCAGCAAAUCAGGUCAAGCAAGUGAGCCAAAUUCAGACGAUGAAGCAGACACUGGUGGUAAACGAAGAAGACAUGGGAGGGGACCUAAUAAAGAAAAUGAUUUUGCAGCUGCUCCAAAGGCUCAUCCAAUCAGUUCUGAACCCAGACGAAUACAAAUAGAUAUUGAACAGGCUCAGGCCCUUGUACGCAAGCUUGAUGUGGAAAAGGGAAUCGAUGAUAAUAUUUUAUCCACCAGCGAUCACAAUAAAAGUGAUGAUAAGGGACACAGUGGAUCUGUUGGCCCCAUAAUAAUCAUACGGGGCCUGACAUCUGUCAAAGGCUUAGAAGGCAUUGAGCUCCUGGACACACUUCUGACAUAUCUUUGGCAGAUUCAUGGUGUGGAUUAUUAUGGCAUGAUUGAGACUAAUGAGGCUAAGGGUUUUAGGCAUGUGAGGCCAGAAGGAGGACUUGAUGAUACAAAUAAAUCUGGGUCUGGGUCUGAAUGGGAAAGGAAAGUUGACUCAUUUUGGCAGCAAAGGUUGAAUGGUCAGGAUCCAUUGGAGAUGAUGACUGCUAAGGAGAAGAUAGAUGCUGCAGCAGUUGAAGUGUUGGAUCCACAUGUUAGAAAAAUUAGAGAUGAAAAGUAUGGAUGGAAGUAUGGUUGUGGGGCUAAGGGCUGCACGAAGCUUUUUCAUGCUGCUGAAUUUGUGCACAAACAUCUUAAACUUAAACACCCAGACCUGGUGAUGGAAUUAACUUCAAAAGUUCGUGAGGAUCUCUAUUUCCAGAACUACAUGAAUGAUCCAAAUGCUCCAGGUGGCACACCUGUCAUGCAGCAACCUCAGAAGGACAAACCACUAAAGCGUAGAUUAGGCCUGGAAGGUCGAUUAAGAGAUGAUCGUGGCAAUAGAAGAGACCAUGAUCGGAGUGACAGAGUAAAUGAUGGAGAUAGAUCUGAGAACUCCCCCUCUCAUGAUCGGCAGUCUAAAACUCUUGACAUGGGAAACCAUGAUGAAACAAUGUAUGACGCAUACUCAGGAUCUGCUGUUCCUCCAUUUACUGCAGACAUGCCCCCUCCACCUGUCUUGAUGCCUGUGCCUGGUGCAGGACCUUUGGGACCUUUCGUACCUGCUCCCCCAGAAGUUGCAAUGCAGAUGUUAAGAGAGCAAGGGCCAUCCUCGUAUGAUAACACUGGAAGAAAGAUGCGAUCUGGUCCUCACAUGGGUGGGGGUGGAUCGGCACCAAUAAUUGCUGUUCCCCCAGCUUUUAGACCAGAUCCUCGGCGGAUGCGUAGUUAUCAAGAUCUAGAUGCCCCAGAGGAUGAAGUCACUGUGAUAGAUUAUCGGAGCUUAUAGAUCAUAUCUCCAUUUGGAUGGACAGUGCAAUGUGUUUGGCCAGAAAAUAAAGAAGACAGUUGAAUGCACGAUGGGGGCAUUCAGAACGACAGAAGUGAAAGUUCCUGUCAAAUAUAUUUUUGCCUUUCCAGUGACAGAACGGGCUCCUGUAACAAUGGGGUUCGGCUCUAUUUUCUUUUUCUGGAACUGUUUUGAGAAUCUUAUUAUGAAGUUGGCCCCAAGGAGGUGACUUGUCUACUAUUUACCCACUUUAGGUUUAUAGACUUGAUGAGAAAAUGCCGUCAUACUUGUCUUAUUAGGAUAGCUGAUGUGUAAUCUUAGUGGUUUCUUUGCUUUAUUUUCAUCACAUCAAUUAUUUUGACCGAGCGAUUGUAUUUGUAAGCAGAAUUCUCGCAGGGAUAAACACAUGAACUUUGCUGUUAAA